UCUAGUGUAUUAUUAGAUCUGUGGCUUAUUUCCGUAACACGAUCUGGGUUUUGCAUUCGAUUUGUUAGAAGGCAGUUGUUGUAAGCAAAUGCUUUCCGCGAAAUGGCAUUAUCACACCACGAUGUUGAUAUAGAGAACCUUUUAGCUCUAAAUCCGAGAAUUCAUCCUCACGCUACAAUUGUUCACUCUGCGGCGACAAAAAGAAUAAAGAAGCAUUGGAAACGAAAUCAAGACAAGUCGUGUUCUACUUGUGCGGAUCUCACGAAGAACUUUGAUGAUAUCAAACAUACUACAUUGAGUGAAAGAGGUGCUCUAAGAGAGGCAGCGAGAUGUUUGAAAUGUGCUGAUGCGCCUUGUCAGAAGAGCUGCCCCACCCAGCUUGAUAUCAAAUCAUUUAUUACAAGUAUAUCCAACAAGAAUUUCUAUGGUGCAGCAAAGACAAUCUUUAGUGACAACCCACUUGGUUUGACCUGUGGUAUGGUAUGUCCAACGAGUGAUCUCUGUGUUGGUGGAUGUAACUUAUAUGCCAGCGAAGAAGGUCCUAUCAAUAUCGGUGGACUUCAACAAUUUGCAACGGAGGUAUUUAAAAAGAUGCACUUACCUCAAAUUCGCGAUCCCAGUUUACCGAAAUACGAAGAAUUACCGACAAGUUAUCGAGCCAAGAUUGCUCUAAUUGGCUGUGGUCCGGCAUCAUUGAGUUGCGCAACAUUCUUGGCAAGAUUGGGAUACAGUUGUAUUACAAUAUAUGAGAAAGAGAAUUAUAUAGGUGGUCUGAGUUCUUCGGAGAUUCCACAAUUUCGACUUCCAUAUGAUGCUGUUUCGUUUGAAAUUGAAUUAGUGAAGGAUUUAGGUGUAAAGAUUAAGACAGGCACAGCUCUUGAAUCUAAUGGAAUGAGCAUCGAGUCGCUACGAGCUAUUGGAAACAAGGCGAUUUUUAUUGGCAUUGGACUUCCACAACCAAAAAACAUACCAAUAUUUGAAGGUUUGGAAAUGAAACAUGGGUUUUAUACGUCAAAAGAUUUUUUACCAAUGGUUUCUAAGGCAAGUAAGCCAGGAAUGUGUGGCUGUAAGUCACAGCUACCUCAGUUAUCAGGAACAGUCAUCGUUCUGGGUGCUGGCGAUACAGCAUUUGAUUGUUGCACGUCUGCUUUGAGAUGUGGUGCUAAACGCGUAUUUGUCGUUUUUCGAAAGGGUUUUAGCAAUAUCAGAGCUGUUCCUGAAGAAAUGGAAGCUGCAAGAGAGGAAAAAUGUGAGUUUUUACCGUUCAAGUCACCGCGCAAGGUACAUCUCAAAAAUGGGCGCAUAUAUGCCAUGGAGUUUUGCCACACGGAAAAGUUGGAUGAUGGGACGUGGAUUGAGGAUGAAGAGCAAACAUUGAAAAUAAAAACAAAUUUUAUCAUCUCGGCUUUUGGAUCAACAAUUUCAAAUGACGUUGUUGACGCGUUGAAGCCGCUAAAGUUCAAUUCAUGGGGCUUGCCUAAAGUCGAUGAAGAAACUAUGGCAACAAGUGAGCGUGACGUGUUUUGUGGAGGAGAUAUUGCUGGUGUUGCUAAUACGACGGUGGAAUCUGUAAAUGAUGGCAAGACAGCUGCUUGGCACAUGCAUAGAUACAUUCAAUCAGCCUUUGGGGAGACUAUUUUACCAACUCCGAAACUGCCAAACUUCUUCACGCCCGUUGAUCUUGUUGAUAUUAGUGUGGAGAUUUUCUCCUUGAAGUUUGAGAAUCCUUUCGGCUUAGCAAGUGCUCCACCCACAACAACAUCUGCGAUGAUUCGUCGCGGUUUUGAAGCUGGCUGGGGAUUUGCCGUCACCAAAACUUUUGCACUAAAUAAGGAUUGCGUUAAAAAUGUGUCGCCACGAAUUAUUCGCGGAACUACUUCCGGUCACAUGUAUGGCCCAGGACAAGGAGCUUUCCUCAACAUUGAGUUGAUUAGUGAGAAGUCAGCUGCCUACUGGUGUAAAUCUAUUACUGAACUCAAAGAAAGUUUUCCAAACAAGGUUCUUAUUGCCAGUAUAAUGUGUGGUUACUCCAAGGAAGAUUGGUCUCAAUUGGCAAAAAUGGCAGAGACUGCUGGAUCUGAUGCAUUAGAGCUAAACUUGUCGUGCCCGCACGGUAUGGGUGAAAGAGGCAUGGGCCUUGCCUGCGGACAGGAUCCUGAAAUGAUAAGAAAUAUAUCAAAGUGGGUAAAAAAUGCAGUCAAAAUUCCAUUCUUUGCCAAAAUGACACCCAACGUCACUGACAUUGUUGUCAUCGCUCGUGCUGCUAAAGAAGGCGGUGCAGAUGGUGUUACAGCAACCAAUACUGUGUCAGGUCUGAUGGGCCUUAGUGGAAAAGGAAUACCUUGGCCACAUGUAGGUGUGGAAAAGCGCACUACGUACGGUGGCGUAUCGGGAAACGCCAUCCGCCCUAUUUGUUUACGAGCGGUUUCGGCUAUCGCUCGAGCCUUACCGGGCUUUCCGAUCUUAGCAAGUGGUGGCAUAGACAGUGCUGACGUUGCAUUACAAUUCAUACAUGCUGGUGCUUCGGCCGUCCAGGUAUGUAGUGCCGUACAAAAUCAAGAUUUCACCGUUAUCGAAGACUAUGUCACAGGAUUGAAGUGUUUACUCUACAUGGAGUCCUGCAAAGAUUUUGAUAACUGGGAUGGCCAGAGUGCUCCUACUGUAAAACAUCAAAAAGGAAAACCUGUACCUAGAGUCAUAGAUCAAAUUGGAAAGAACCUUCCAAGCUUCGGGACCUAUUUGAAUGAAAGAGAGAGAAUAAUCGGUGAAUAUAAAUCAAAGAUGGACUUACUUAACGAGGAGAACAUGCCUAACGGCGUUUGCCUGCCGGUGCAGGCAAUCAAGGCCACUCCCACAGUGAGAGACAUGAUUGGUCGAGCACUCGACAAGAUCAGUUCUUACGGUGAACUAGACAACAAACAACAAGCUGUUGCAGUAAUUGAUGAAGAGAUGUGCAUCAAUUGUGGGAAAUGUUACAUGACAUGCAAUGAUUCUGGAUACCAAGCUAUUACCUUCGACCCAUUAACGCAUUUACCUCAUGUAACUAAGGAUUGUACUGGCUGCACAUUAUGUGUCAGCGUCUGUCCUAUCAUUGAUUGUAUCAAAAUGGUGCCAAGAACGACUCCAUACGAACCUAAUCGCGGUAUACCAUUGACAAUGAAAGGAUAGAUUAUUGAGGCACACAGAAUCUACUCUGGAACAGCUGAGAGAAGUUGAAAAUCCAUAAUAGAUGAGAAAAAGGAAAUUACAAUGAGCGAAACUAGGAAUGUUCAGAAAUUUAGUUAGGAAUUAUCAUUAAUCAUUUUGACGAAUUUAUUUUUGUAUUUUUAAUCGCAGAAUGUUUUUUUUUAUCUACAUACUUCAAUAAUAGUUGUUGUCCUAAUCAUGCAAAUUUUUUUCAAAA